UUCAAAAUUCUCGGUGAAGCGAACGGAAUCACCUGUUGUAAACAAAGUGGGUAGACACACCUUAUACCUCGGUCGUCUCCUUAUUUCUUCCUUCUUUCGCCCUUUCGUUGGAUUAUUUUCAACGCUAAAGCCUUUUGAGUUUCAUGGCGCCACUGGGGUAAGGAGCAGGGUCCAGAGUCUUCCAGAGAAUGAGGUUUAAUGAGGAAGAGCUAGCGGAGUUCGCUCUCAAUCCUGGCGAUCAUGAGGGAAGGCUCACUCACAAGGGUCCCCCUCGGACUCUAUAUGACACAGCGUAUAAGGAACGGUGGUUUAAGUUGAAGGCCAACUUCCUCUUCUAUUAUCGACUUAAUGAGUUUGGAGGAGUUGAGAAAAACGAGCCCACGGGUGUGUUUGUGCUGGAAAACAUCGAGGUUCAGCGGGAGGAGGAGGCUAAUCUCCCCUUCGGAUUUGCUAUCAGGUGGAAGGAUGAUCCGGACAGAAAGCAGUUGUUCUUUGCACAUUCGGAGGCCAGUGUUCAGUCCUGGAUUGGCAAAAUUUUACAUGCAAGUUACGAUCACUUGCGAGCCCAGCUGAUCAUGCUAAGGGUACAGAUCAGAAGGAAAACAGGCAAAGAUCCGCUGGAGCACUAUGGCACCCCACUACCUCAGCGUGCAGCCAUGGCCCUGUUGCCCCUCCAGUCCGUCUCCCUCCAGGAUCUCUUCAUCUCUCCGUCGUCAGCCUAUAGUGUCUCCUCAGCGCCGUCUAGUCCCUCCAUGAGUCAUUGCUUGACCCCUAUGGUCCCAGAGAGUUCUUCCAGAUACAAUCGCUUGGCCAAGAGUCCAGACUUGAGGUUGCGAAUCCCCAAGAGUCCGUCUCUGAGAGUGCCCACUAGGAGUGCUCCUGUUCCGCCUCCGAGGAGGGCCAAGAAAGUUGAGCCAGAAAAUGGAAUACUCCGUGAUCAGCCACACACCCGUGGAAUUGGCCGCACAAGAGCUUCCUUCAAGUGCCACUUAGUUGAGGAGUGCCCAAAGGAACCUCCACCAAGUCUCCUUGACUGAAGAGACAAUGUGAUGCAAUGUAGAGCAACACAGUGUGGUGGAGUGCAUUUAAAGUAAACAUUGUAUGAUGGUUUCAGCUCCCCACAGCUCCCCCCUUCCUACCUGUAGUCAUCCACCAAAUAUUUGCGGGCAUAAUGGAAUCUCAUUAAUACGGUGUAGAAGUGUGGGCAAGAGUAAGGUUUUAUUAUUUAAUUAGGUGAUGCGAAGAUCCCUGGUUUCCUCGUGUGUUCGAUCCCCUUGAGGUGAAUUGCUUUAUGCUGAGGGUUUUUAUCAUUCUUUUUUUUUUUAUUUAUCAUUAUUUUUUGGGUUUGUUUCAUAGGUAUUGUUUUGAACCCAUUCACAAAAGGUGAAAAUUUGGAUAAUUUUUGGCAAGACGGGGGUGUGUCGGCCUGGGCGACUCCAUGCCUGGGAUAUUUCUCGGCUCAUGGAUUCGAUUCCCAGAGCAACUUCCAGACUGCCAAGGACCAAAGCUCGUAAUGUGAAUAGAUGUCUCCCGUUGUUGGUGAAAUUUUUUGCCGUGACUUAAAUAGGCCAUCACCUGCCAUGAAUGGGUUGAUAAUGAAAAAAAUGUGUAUGAUGUAUGCAGCUGAUUUUUUUUUUUUUUUUUUUUUUUAGAUAAUGGUAAGAUAAUAACCCUAGUUUUUAUAGAUGUUUUUUUUUUAAUGAAGAAAGGACCUCCAGCAUGUAAUAGAAAAGAUUUUUUUAAAAAGUACUAAUCUAUGUCUAGCGUCCAUUUCUGUGAUAUCUUGUUUACCCCCGUAAGUCCGAGUAACAUUUAGACAAGCUUUAAU